CAGUAUGGGUCGGCUUGAUGGGAAGAUCAUACUGCUAUCUGCAGCAGCACAGGGGAUGGGACGAGCAGCUGCUAUAGCUUUUGCUAAAGAAGGAGCCCAAGUCAUUGCUACAGACAUAAAUGAGUCCAAACUGCAAGAACUGAAGAAAUACCCAGGCAUUCAAAUACGGGUUCUGGAUGUCACCAAAAAGGAGCAGAUAGAAAAUCUGGCCAAAGAGAUUGAAAGGAUUGAUGUCCUCUGUAACAUUGCAGGGUUUGUUCAUCAUGGAACCAUUCUGGAGUGCGAAGAGCGAGACUGGGACUUCACUAUGAACCUCAAUGUUCGCAGCAUGUAUCUGAUGAUCCAGACAUUCCUUCCUAAGAUGCUUAAACAGAAAUCUGGAAACAUUAUAAAUAUGUCUUCUGUAGCAUCCAGCAUUAAAGGAGUCGUGAACAGAUGUGUAUACAGUACUUCAAAGGCUGCAGUUAUUGGGCUAACAAAGUCUGUGGCUGCUGAUUUCAUUGAACAAGGCAUCAGAUGCAACUGCAUAUGUCCUGGUACUGUUGACACGCCAUCUUUACAGGAAAGAAUCCAAGCCCAGCCUAACCCAGAACAGGCCUUGAAAGACUUUCUAGCCAGACAGAAGACUGGUAGGAUGGCCACUGCUGAAGAAGUGGCCCAUCUCUUUGUGUACUUGGCCUCUGAUGAAUCUGCCUAUGUGACUGGUAAUGAACUAAUCAUCGAUGGAGGAUGGAGCCUGUGA